AGGACAGAAUUUUUGAAAACCAUUUAUAGUCUGUACUCUGCACACACAGAGAGAGAGAGAGAGAGAGAGAGAGAGGGAGAGACUAGAGAGGAAGAGAAAGGAGGAGGAAGUUUUCUGCCGAUUUGGUUUCGUCUAUGCCUGCGUGUUUACCGUUUAUGUGCAGUUCCCGAGAGUUUGAGAUAAGAUUUUGCUGAGAGGAAUACGGUGAAGGACUGCAUUGCUUACUUGCUAGAAUCAUAUUUCCGCGCUUUUGCAUGUUCUGCAACUGGUGACUGAUAGGGUGGAUUAAAUGGUCGAAUGCUGUUAGUAUUUGAGAUCUUAAAAGCCCUAAUUUUUGAUUUAUGGUUUUAGUGAUUGAAGCCUUGCUUGUUUCCCAAUAAUCUAAUCUUUGUGCUAUUGAUUGAGCGUCUUGAGAUGAAAACCAUGGUUAAGGUGUACUUUGCUAAUAUAAAGUUUAUAUGUUACUUGAGAAUAUAAACUGCAUAGUGAUUGAAACUCUACAGACUCCGAGAGAGAGAGAGAGUGGAGCCUUACCUGAAUCGCCGGACAGCCAGACAGUAGGACCUCUGGACUGCCGGGGAGAUCUUGCUGUGGCAGCCGGUGAACACUGAAGAGAGAAGAAGAGUUGAAGAGUUGAGGACUCUGGGCUUCAGGGGAGAUCUUGCUGUGGCGGCCGGUGAACACUGAAGAGAGAAGAAGAGUUGAAGAGUUGAGGAAUCUGGGCUGCAGGGGAGAUCUUGCUCUGACUGUGUACUUGCGUGUAACAAAAAGUUCUAUUAUUAUUUUUUAUUAAGUAAAACACUAAUUUAACUUGAUAUAUAUGUACACACACGCAUAUCUGAAAAAGCGCGACUUUCCAGAAUUUUAUUUUAUAAUUUUGAUUUGUCCAAAUUAUUCGUAAAUUUUGGGGUGAAUUUUUCAACUAUGGCUGGAGAUCUCAAACCAGUAGGAGCUUUCACCAUUACUCCCCACAAAGUCUCCGUCUGUAUUCUCCUCCAGAUAUAUGCACCACCAGCUCAAGCUUCAGUGCCAUUUCCCUUCUCAUCCGUCUCUCAGCACAAUCGCCUCGGCUUGUUCUUGCUGGCCCUGACAAAGUCUUGUGAUGACGUUGUGGAGCCAACAUUAGAUGAGCUUACAAAUCAAUUGGGUGAAAUUGGUGGCUUGCUGAAUCAUUGGUUAAGUGAGCAUUUAACCCGACGGCUAUCAUCUCUAGCCUCCCCUGAUGAUUUGUUUAAUAUUUUCAGCAGUCUUCGAAGUAUCCUUGGGGGCCAUGAAACAAGUGUUUUGGAUGAUGACCAAAUCAUCUUGGAUCCAAACAGUCACUUGGGAAUUUUUCUACGCCGUUGCUUGCUUGCCUUCAAUCUAUUAUCAUUUGAGGCAAUCUGCCACCUAUUGACAGAUAUAGGAAUCUAUUGUAAGGAGGCUGCCUCAUCUUGUCGUCCUUAUGAGUUGCCCAACGAAGACGAUUCUAAUAAUGAACCAGAAGAGUUGUUGGGUUAUGAGGAUAUGGAUCUUGAGACCUUUGUUUUUCGUAAAGUUGCUGAGGAAGCUGAAGCUAGAAAAAGAGCUAGGGAAAGUGCUACAUUUCAUCUUCAUGCACCUAAGUCACUUUUUGGUUUGGUGGAAGAUGUCCAGGUUCCUGCUGGCUCUAAAUUCAAGCGUAGCAAUGAUGGUAGACAAGGGAGGGAUUUUGCAUGCCGUUCAGAUGAUGCAUCGAGAGGUGAUAGUCAAACUGGUGGCCUAUUUUUACGUACUAACUGGCAGGUACAGGGGUUCUUAAGAGAGAAAGCAGAUCUAAUUGAGAGGCAUGGCAGUUCAUUUCCACUAAAUUCAUUUGAAUCUGUUUUAAAGCAGCUUCAGAAGCUUGCUCCAGAACUUCAUCGUGUUCACUACUUACGUUACUUGAAUAGCCUUUACCAUCAUGAUUUCCCUGCCUCUUUAGAAAACCUUCACUGCUAUUUUGAUUACAGUGCAGGGGCAGAAGGAAUCGAUACUGCUCCAUCUUCUUCUUUCAGCAGUUUUGGAAACUAUGAAACUGCUUUAUUAUGUUUGGGUGUGAUGCAUUGCCAUUUUGGGCAUCCUAAGCAAUCAUUGGAGGUUCUAACUGAAGCUGUUCGGGCCUCCCAACAGCACAAUAAUGAUACUUGUCUUGCCUACACCUUGACAGCUAUUUGCAACCUGUUAUCUGAAGUCGGUAUCUCAAGCACAACGGGUAUAAUUGAUUCGUCGCAUUCACCAGUUACCAGUAUUGGUACUUCACUGUCUAUCCAACAACAAUUGUUUGUGUUACUACGGAGGUCUCUAAAGAGAGCAGAAAGCCUGAAGCUACCGCUGCUUGUAGCCUCCAAUCGGCUGGCAAUGGCAAAAUUCAAUAUAACGCAUGUGAAAAGAGCAUUGCUUUCAUUUGGUCCCAAAGCUUCCAUGAAGCUCAAAACAUGUCCAAGUGAUGUUUGCAAGGAACUGAGAUUAAGUUCUUAUUUGCUAAUCGAAUUUGGAUCAGAUGGUGCAUCACUGACAAUUGAUGGUGCAUUUAGUACUGCAUGGCGAAAGAGCUUACAAAAGCCUAUGGCUUCAUCAGUUCUGUCUCAUGAGGAUGAACCUGGAGGUUCUUGCGAUGCUUUCCAGUUUGGUUCACAACCAAGUUCUAUUCCUGGAUAUGUGAUGCAAUUAGCUGGUGCAUCAUAUCUACUCCGGGCCACUGCCUGGGAGCUAUAUGGCAGUGCCCCUGUAGCUCGACUAAAUGCAUUGAUCUAUGCGACAUGCUUUUCUGAUUCUUCAAGUUCAGCUGAUGUGGCUUUAGCAUAUGUCAAACUUAUCCAACAUCUGGCAAUAUUUAAAGGAUAUAAAGAAGCUUUUUCUGCUCUACAGGCGGCUGAAGAGAAGUUUGUGUCUUUAUCAAAAUCUCAAAUCCAGCUCCUGAAGCUGCAGUUGUUACAUGAGCGUGCUUUGCAUCGAGGACAUUUGAAAUUAGCUCAACAAGUGUGUGAUGAGUUUGGUGCACUUGCCUCUUCUGUAACUGGUGUGGACAUGGAGCUGAAAUCAGAAGCUAGCCUUCGCCAUGCUCGUACACUACUUGCUGCUAAGCAGUUCAGCCAGGCAGCAGCUGUAGCACAGUCUCUCUUUUGUAUGUGUUACAAAUUCAAUCUUCAGGUUGAGAAUGCGACUGCUCUUCUCUUGCUUGCAGAAAUCCACAAGAAAUCUGGCAAUGCUGUAUUAGGCCUACCUUAUGUGCUAGCCAGCCUUUCAUUUUGCCAAUCAUUUAAUCUUGAUCUACUGGAAGCAUCAGCCACUCUGGUACUUGCUGAGUUGUGGCUGUCACUUGGAUCGAGCCAUGCAAAACGAGCAUCAACCCUCAUACACAGGGCAUUUCCAAUGAUCCUCGGUCAUGGAGGUUUGGAGUUACGUGCACGGGCUUUUAUUGCAGAUGCAAAGUGUUAUCUAUCAGAUCCAUGUUUUUCAGUUUCUGAAGAUCCUGAGGUUGUGGUGGAUUCUCUAAGGCAAGCUUCUGAGGAGCUUGAAAUUUUAGAGUAUCAUGAAUUGGCGGCCGAAGCCUUCUACUUGAUGGCCAUUGUCUUCGACAGGCUUGGACAUCUAGAUGAAAGAGAAAAUGCUGCUGCUUCAUUUAGAAAUCAUGUGGUUGCUCUUGAAAAUCCGGAUGAUGACGACCCAUUGUUGAACGGGAUAUAAGGAAUCCAUUUCUAACCCAGUGGAACACAUAUUGCAAGUUGUCAGCUGAAGCCAUCCACUUGAUGUUCGUGGCUGCAAUCUAGAAUGGAAAUACUGCUGCUUAAUUCAAGACCAAGUGAUUGGUUUGAAAAUCCACAGGAUGACAGUCAGUUGUCAAAGAGUGAUAAUUAUCCACACAUGACCUCUCAUGCAGAUGAGCAUGCGAAAGCCACAUACUGUACUUACACAGAUCAGUAGAGCAUUUGAUGUGCUAGUCAUGUUUGGUCAUGUUAUCAGAUAUAACUAUGUUAACUGUCUUCUCUCUUCCAUCAUGUAUGGAUUCAGCUUUAACAGGAGUGGCCCUUGAUAUAGGAACUGCUCUGGACCAAUUUAAACUAAUCCGAGGAGCCUCUUUGCUCUUUAAUGGGUGGACAAGCCUAAGAAUAAUUAUCAGCUGGUGUCAUGUAUCUGAAAAGUAAAAAUAGCCUUUUUUUUUUGUUAA